AUGGUGUAGCAAAAGAUAUGCAAACACAGAAAAGAGUUUUCACUGUCAGCUGGGCUCAUUUCACAGGUGUCAUCUCCCCUUUACUCCAGCUCCUCUCUGUGAAAGAACGUUAGUGAGCUGGGCUCCAUGGACAAGAAGGUAGUACUGAUCACAGGCUGCUCCUCGGGGAUCGGCCUCAGCCUGGCUGUGCGGCUAGCCUCCGACCCUGACAAAACAUACAAAGUCUAUGCCACAAUGAGAAACCUGGCCAAGAAAGAACGUCUUUUAGAAUGUGUGAAAGGCCUGCAUAAAGACACUUUAGACAUCCUGCAAAUGGACGUGACAGACCAGCAGUCUAUCCUGGAUGUGAGGGACAGGGUUGUGGAGAAACGAGUGGACAUUCUGGUGUGUAAUGCUGGCGUUGGCUUGAUGGGGCCUCUGGAGGUGCAGGCUUUGGACUCGAUGAGGCAGAUUCUGGAGGUCAACCUCCUGGGUACCAUCCAGACCAUCCAGGCUUUUCUGCCAGACAUGAAGGCUCAGAGACAGGGCCGCAUUCUGGUCACCGGCAGCAUCGGAGGGCUUCAGGGUUUCCCUUUUAAUGAGGUGUACUGUGCCAGUAAAUUUGCAAUAGAAGGUGCAUGUGAGAGUUUGGCUGUUCUCCUGCAACACUUCAAUAUUCAUGUGAGUCUCAUUGAGUGCGGUCCAGUCAACACUGAUUUCCUGGUCAACCUGCAAAAGGUGGAGCUUGGGGAUACGUCUCUCCAACAGGUUGAUACCCACACACUCAGUCUUUAUGAAAAGUACCUGCAGCACUGUGGCUCCAUUUUCCAAAAUGCAGCACAGGACACUGAAGAUAUUGUAAAGGUAUUUCUAGAAGCCAUCCAGUCACCCAGCCCUGCAUUCAGAUACUUCACCAGUGGUGUCAUGCCACCUCUCACCCAGCUGAAAUUCACUGAGCCAGAUGGCUCUCAGUGCAUCCGUGCUAUGAGCGAACUCAUUUUCUCGGCUGAGGAACAAUAACUGCCACUCUUGCACAGGCCUUGUUUUGAGCCAAGCCACUGCUUUGUGUUCAGACUUGUUCUUCUUUUACUUUGUGUGUACUUUAUUUGGUCUUUCACAAUUGAUUUCUGGAAUAAAGUUUACUCUGACUCACUGUUGUUGUGCAGCUGGAAAAGGCAGUAAGUCCAGUUUUGUUAGUGACUUCAUGCAUCCACUGUACUUUUGUAUGUCACUUAUGAAAAGUUACAUUCCUUAUUAAAAAUUUGGCUAGUAAGGGACAAAGAAAAGCAUGAAAUGAAAAACAAUCAAGCUCAAACAAUGCAGAAAAAUAAAAUGUGUAAU